GACUUUGAUCAGAAACUGUUAUUGACUCUCCUACAAGUCAAAACGAGAGCAGUCGGGUCUUUAAAGAAGAGUCACACGUUUCCCUGUCAGCUCAGCCAAGAGUGGACACACAGGACAGGUCAUGAUGGCAGUGCCACAGUGGCCUGCAGUGGUCGUUGUGCUGCUCCUUGGCUGCGCUGGACUCCAUUGCUCCUCUUCCCCAUCUGUGUGUCCAGAGUCCUGCACCUGUCACAAAGCUCCUCUGUUGAACUGUUCGUCCUCCGGCCUCUCCUCAGUGCCUCAGUAUAUCCAAGACUCUGUCACUGAGCUGGACUUUUCUCACAAUCGCCUGUAUUCUGUAACACUCCACCGGCCACAUCGUAACCUCAGGAAUGUAUGGCUGGGAAACAACACUAUCACACACUUGUCUCUUUGCAUAGACACAAAUCUGGGAAACCAAUCUGACAGAGACAGACAUCCAAAUCACUUGAGACUUUGGCAUAGACGCAGAUGUGUAUCUUGGGCCCCCACCCUGCAGCUGCUAUCUGUUGAGAGGAAUCAGCUGGUGCAACUCCCGGAGGGGCUGGAAGGUAGUCCAUCCUUAUGGAUUCUGCAGCUCUCCUACAACAGGAUCUCAGCUCUUGAACCAAGAGCCCUUAGCCGACUUCAACAGCUAACAGAGCUGCACCUACAGCAUAACCUCAUUACAAGUGUCCAUCCACAGAUGUUUGAGAAUUUAUCCCAGCUCAAAGUCCUUGACCUGAGUUUCAACAUGUUGACCAGCCUCCAUCCUUUGAUGUACCUCUCCCUGCGGAACAUCGAGGCAGAUGUUAGGCUGGGUGGGAACAGGUGGCAGUGUGACUGCAGCAUACGCAAUCUAAGAAGGCGGAUGGCUUUUGACAACAGCAAAGGUCUGCAAGCUUGGAGCAUGGUGUGUGCUUCACCCUCGAUCCACUCAGGCAAAGACCUGCUGCAGUUAGAGGAGGAUGACCUAAACUGUUUUGGUACUGAAAACAGGCCAGAGCUUCAUCAAGAUGUGACAGUUCAUAGCGGCUCUGAGAUACUUCUGUCAUGCUCUGCACAAGACUCACUGUGGUGGAGGCCCAGUGGUCAAGCAUCUGUGAGAGAAACUCAGGCUGGCCUGUUCAUCAAUGAUGUCACAGAGAAAGACACAGGACUAUAUGUGUGUAUAUCUGAAGAACACAAUGUUGUUUCCGUUUUUAACCUCCAAAUCAGCAGAAUAGGACAUGCAGGAAGAAUAGCUACAAGUUUACCCAGAAUUAGACGACAAAUAAUCCCCCAAGGCAUGCCAGACAGGACAGGUCAAGAACGGAAUCAGAGAGCUACACCGUGUAACUUGACUCUUGCAGUGUGUCUGUCUGUUUUUAUCACAUUUCUGGUAGCCUUUAUCAUCGGGGUCUUGACAAGACCAUACAUUGAUGUGCUUUGUACAAAGGUCACUAAAAAGAAAAGCCCCCCUGCAACCAACUCUGCUUCAGAUGCACAACAAAGUCACUAUGACAAUGCCGCCUUCUACGAUGGUGAAGAACCAGAUGAAGUAGUAACUCAUAGGGAGAGGAGAGUCACAUUUAGCACUAUCACUGUCAAUGAGGAUAACAAUGUAGAGUAUUAUGAUACCGUAGCAAGUAGCAAUCAGGAAAGUGUCAAUAAUGAUGAGAACAAGUUUACAACUGGACAUUCAGGGAGUGAAAACAGCUCAAAUGAAGAGGAUGACCAGAGACAUGACGGAGAGCUUUCAGGAGACACAAAAACAAGACGUAGAAACAAAAGGAAGUUAAAACAAAUCCCAAAAGCCAUUGAGGUGGAGGAGAGAAGGAGAUUGUCUUCAAGCUCAGACUCUUCAUGUUCUGAAAGAUCAACAACAGAGGACCAAAUAUCCCAAAGAGACUACACAACACCUAAGUCACCACUGGUAGCAGAGGACUCUGUACAGCAGAACAGUGAGUACUUAACAUCUAGACAAGUAGAGGUGGCAGAAAUUUCCAGAGAGGACAGAAGUGACAAUCCUGGCUUUCCCGCUAAACCCUUUACAGAUUGGUCCCCACUUAAAAAUGAUACUAACCCAACAGACUCCGAUCAGUGGCCAGAGAAUGGAGAUCCAUUUGAAUUUAGUACUUCAGAUAGGCAGAACAGUGAUAUAUCAAGCUCCAGCUCAUAUGUCAGUGAGGACGAGCCAACACAAUACACUGUGAAUUCAGUCCAGGAGGAGGAAGAAGAUAUAGAUGUCGAAGCAAAAUCACCAGACUAUGAUUUAUUUUGUGGUAGUGAACGGAUAUAUGAAACAAUUAAUCACAAUGAUAGAUCAAGGGAGAUAAACAUUAAAACGCUUCCAUUGCAAGAAUCUCAAAUUUCAAGUCCUGAUGGUAGUGGAAGUUGGCCUGCUGUGGAUCUUCAACAGAUUCCUCAUAUCAAGAGGCGUUUAGAUAUCAGAGCAUCAUCACCCGCUCCUGAUUCACCUUCUCGCAGUGAGAAUGAAUAUGAAAGAGUGGAUUAUAAAGAGAGACCAAGGGUGGUGGGCACUGAAAAUCAUGAUCUUCACACAAGUAGGCCUACCCUCAAGCUUAAACAAAUUCCUCACAUUAAGAGACGUCUGGAUAUUAAGAGACGUCAGGAUAUUGAAGCACCAUCAGUACAGUCUGAUUCAUCAUUUAGCAGUGACAGUGAGGAUGAACCAACAUAUCACAAGGUGAUACCGCGUGAGGUAAACACAAGACUUCCAUUGCAAAACUCUCAAACUUCAAGUCAUGAUCUUCAUGGGAGUUGGCCUUCCUUAAAUCUUGAAAAUAUUCCCCACAUCAAGAGACGUCUGGAUAUUAAGAGACGUCAGGAUAUUGAAGCACCAUCAGUACAGUCUAAUUCAUCAUUUAGCUGUGACAGUGAGGAUGAACCAACAUAUGACACAGUGAUACCGCCGCGUGAGGUAAACACCACAAGACUUCCAUUGCAAAACUCUCAAACUUCAAGUCAUGAUCUUCAUGGGAGUUGGCCUUCCUUGAAACUUGAAAAUAUUCCACCCAUUAAGAGACGUCUGGCUAUUAAGAGACGUCAGGAUAUUGAAGCACCAUCAGUACAGUCUAAUUCAUCAUUUAGCUGUGACAGUGAGGAUGAACCAACAUAUGACACAGUGAUACCGCUGCGUGAGGUAAACACCACAAGACUUCCAUUGCAAAACUCUCAAACUUCAAGUCAUGAUCUUCAUGGGAGUUGGCCUGCCUUGAAUCUUGAAAAUAUUCCACCCAUUAAGAGACGUCUGGAUAUUAAGAGACGUCUGGAUAUUAAGAGACAUCAGGAUAUUGAAGCACCAUCAGUACAGUCUGAUUCAUCAUUUAGCAGUGACAGUGAGGAUGAACCAACAUAUCACAAGGUGAUACCACGUGAGGUAAACACCACAAGACUUCCAUUGCAAAACUCUCAAACUUCAAGUCAUGAUCUUCAUGGGAGUUGGCCUGCCUUGAAUCUUGAAAAUAUUCCACCCAUUAAGAGACGUCUGGAUAUUAAGAGACGUCUGGAUAUCAAACCAUCAUCACUGCCUCAUGAUUCAUCGUCUAGUAGUAGCAGUGAGGAUGAACCAACAUAUCACAAGGUGAUACCGCGUGAGGUAAACACCACAAGACUUCCAUUGCAAAACUCUCAAACUUCAAGUCAUGAUCUUCAUGGGAGUUGGCCUGCCUUGAAUCUUGAAAAUAUUCCACCCAUUAAGAGACGUCUGGAUAUUAAGAGACGUCUGGAUAUCAAACCAUCAUCACUGCCUCAUGAUUCAUCGUCUAGUAGUAGCAGUGAGGAUGAACCAACAUAUCACAAGGUGAUACUGCGUGAGGUAAACACCACAAGACUUCCAUUGCAAAACCCUCAAACUUCAAGUCAUGAUCUUCAUGGGAGUUGGCCUGCCUUGAAACUUGAAAAUAUUCCACCCAUUAAGAGACGUCUGGAUAUUAAGAGACGUCUGGAUAUUGAAGCACCAUCAGUACAGUCUGAUUCAUCAUUUAGCAGUGACAGUGAGGAUGAACCAACAUAUCACAGAGUGAGACCAAGUGAGGUAAACACCACAAGACUUCCAUUGCAAAACCCUCAAACUUCAAGUCAUGAUCUUCAUGGGAGUUGGCCUGCCUUGAAUCUUGAAAAUAUUCCACCCAUUAAGAGACGUCUGGAUAUUAAGAGACGUCUGGAUAUUGAAGCACCAUCAGUACAGUCUGAUUCCUCAUUUAGCAGUGACAGUGAGGAUGAACCAACAUAUCACAGAGUGAGACCAAGUGAGGUAAACACCACAAGACUUCCAUUGCAAAACCCUCAAACUUCAAGUCAUGAUCUUCAUGGGAGUUGGCCUGCCUUGAAUCUUGAAAAUAUUCCACCCAUUAAGAGACGUCUGGAUAUUAAGAGACGUCUGGAUAUCAAACCAUCAUCACUGCCUCAUGAUUCAUCGUCUAGUAGUAGCAGUGAGGAUGAACCAACAUAUCACAAGGUGAUACCGCGUGAGGUAAACACCACAAGACUUCCAUUGCAAAACCCUCAAACUUCAAGUCAUGAUCUUCAUGGGAGUUGGCCUGCCUUGAAACUUGAAAAUAUUCCACCCAUUAAGAGACGUCUGGAUAUUAAGAGACGUCAGGAUAUUGAAGCACCAUCAGUACAGUCUGAUUCAUCAUUUAGCAGUGACAGUGAGGAUGAACCAACAUAUCACAGAGUGAUACCAAGUGAGGUAAACACCACAAGACUUCCAUUGCAAAACCCUCAAACUUCAAGUCAUGAUCUUCAUGGGAGUUGGCCUGCCUUGAAACUUGAAAAUAUUCCACCCAUUAAGAGACGUCUGGAUAUUAAGAGACGUCAGGAUAUUGAAGCACCAUCAGCACAGUCUGAUUCAUCAUUUAGCAGUGACAGUGAGGAUGAACCAACAUAUCACAAGGUGAUACCGCGUGAGGUAAACACCACAAGACUUCCAUUGCAAAACCCUCAAACUUCAAGUCAUGAUCUUCAUGGGAGUUGGCCUGCCUUGAAACUUGAAAAUAUUCCACCCAUUAAGAGACGUCUGGAUAUUAAGAGACGUCAGGAUAUUGAAGCACCAUCAGUACAGUCUGAUUCAUCAUUUAGCAGUGACAGUGAGGAUGAACCAACAUAUCACAAGGUGAUACCGCGUGAGGUAAACACCACAAGACUUCCAUUGCAAAACCCUCAAACUUCAAGUCAUGAUCUUCAUGGGAGUUGGCCUGCCUUAAAACUUGAAAAUAUUCCACCCAUUAAGAGACGUCUGGAUAUUAAGAGACGUCUGGAUAUUGAAGCACCAUCAGUACAGUCUGAUUCCUCAUUUAGCAGUGACAGUGAGGAUGAACCAACAUAUCACAGAGUGAGACCAAGUGAGGUAAACACCACAAGACUUCCAUUGCAAAACCCUCAAACUUCAAGUCAUGAUCUUCAAGGGAGUUGGCCUGCCUUGAAUCUUGAAAAUAUUCCACCCAUUAAGAGACGUCUGGAUAUUAAGAGACGUCUGGAUAUCAAACCAUCAUCACUGCCUCAUAAUUCAUCGUCUAGUAGUACAGUGAGGAUGAACCAACAUAUCACAAGGUGA